CCGGCCAAACACAGGCAAACUCCUCUUUCCCUCUCACUCCCUCCCUCCCUCCCUCUCUGAGCUCUCCCUCUCUCUCUCUCUCUCUCUCUCAAAGUUGAAGGUCUUUCUUCGGUGAUCAGCUGGUGGAUAUAACGACGAGAAUGAGCUGCAAUGGUUGCAGGGUGCUGAGGAAAGGGUGUAGCGACGACUGCGCGAUUAGGCCGUGCCUACAGUGGAUAAGCUCCCCUGAUUCUCAGGCCAAUGCCACCAUGUUCCUCGCCAAGUUCUAUGGCCGAGCCGGCCUCGUCAACCUCAUCAGUGCUGGCUCCGAACAUGUCCGCCCAGCCAUAUUCAGGUCACUACUUUACGAGGCCUGUGGGCGGAUCAUAAACCCAAUCUACGGUUCAGUCGGACUAUUCUGGUCCGGAAACUGGAGCCAGUGCCACUCCGCUGUCAAUUCGGUCCUCAAGGGUUCCACUCACUUCAUGCGACACGUGACCCUCAUCAACUCGGCCCAGCCCUUCCCCGCCCUCAAAACAUAUGAUAUCCGCCACAACCACAGGGCCACCAGUCCCGCCACCUCCUAUGACAUCCACAAGGUCCGGACAAGUCGUCCCCGCUUCAAACAGUCCAUCCUUAGACCAACCGAAUCCAAGCCGGCCAGCAGCCAGUGGCUUUACGACCCAACGAGCUGCGAUUCCAUUCAGGCUAGCCGGCUAGGCCCCAAAAGGGACAGCCUCGAAGGUAUAGACAGCUUGUUAUUUGCUGAGACCGUAGAGGCAUUCCUAGUGAGCCGGUCUGGGCCUGACCGAGUUCUGAGAUUCGACGGUCCAAAGAGUAGUACGGAGAAUCAUGUCGUGAAAUUGGAUCUGACCCUAGGAAUCGGGGCACAUGCCGACGCGUGCAUGGCUGAGUUAGCGGAUCAUCACUGAGCGGUUUCAAUGGAUUAUGAGAAUUGAUUAAUGAACUCGGUUUAAUUCAUCAUCUGACUCGAUCUUCACUUUCCUAGGGUAGUCGGAGAGUUUAUUUAAUUAUGGCCUUUUCUCGUCUUUUUCAUUUUUUGUUUUUUUCUCUCAGUUUUCUUCUAAUUUCUUCUUUCGUUCAUUUCCAAUUUUCCACCCUAGAUUAUUUUUGCUCUUUCUGUUGGUCUUAAUCCCAUACAUGUUCUUAUUAAGUUGGGCUUGAGGGAGUUUCCGUGGGUAUAUAUAGCAAUAGCAUUCGCAAAGCACCGAUGGCUUAUAGUGGAAGACUGGAACUGAUUGCCUAUAUAUAUAGUUUUUCGAGUAAUCAGAUUGCCUAUACUUACACAAACUACAACAAUUUAUUGAGUAAUUUAUGUAAAUAUUUGUCGAGUGCUUUCGGCUGAGCUUAGC